GAAUCCUAUCUGCCAACGCGAAUGCAGAGAUUUGGCCUGUUGGGUCAUCAAAAACAAUCCCUUCUAAGCUAACCCAUCUCCUUUUUUCUUUCUUCUUCUUCUUCUUCUUCUUCUUCUUCUUCUCAAAUGGUUGCUUUAUCUUCCCCUUCUGUAAGCCACUCUCCCAUGGCUCGCCCUUGUAAUCUUGCCUCCCUUUCUCUUCCUGGGUUCUCCUCACUUUCCCUUAAACCUCCGGCUUUCAUUAAUGCCCCCAAGAAACUUCAUGGGCUUGGCCUCAUAAGAGCCUCUGUUGCUGUGGAGCAGCAGGCAGGGAAGACCAAGGUUGCUCUCCUCAGAAUUGGCACCAGAGGAAGCCCAUUAGCACUAGCCCAGGCUCAUGAGACAAGAGACAAGCUCAUGGCUUCCCAUCCUGAGCUAGCUGAAGAUGGUGCCAUUCAGAUUGUUGUAAUCAAAACCACUGGUGACAAAAUACUCUCUCAGCCACUUGCAGACAUUGGUGGGAAAGGCUUAUUUACAAAAGAGAUUGAUGAUGCACUUAUCAAUGGUGACAUAGACAUUGCUGUUCACUCAAUGAAAGAUGUCCCAACUUACUUACCUGAAAAAACCAUCCUCCCGUGUAACCUUCCGAGGGAGGACGUCCGGGACGCAUUCAUUUCUCUACGUGCAGGUUCACUUGCCGAGCUUCCAGCUGGAAGCGUCGUCGGUACAGCUUCACUGAGAAGAAAGUCUCAGCUACUGAAUCGAUAUCCGUCCCUCGAAGUACUCGAGAAUUUUCGGGGUAAUGUCCAAACAAGGUUGAAAAAACUAAACGAAGGAGUAGUCCAAGCAACACUAUUAGCUCUAGCUGGACUUCGACGUUUAAAUAUGACAGAAAACGUUACUUCGAUCCUUUCAAUCGAUGAAAUGCUUCCAGCUGUUGCUCAGGGAGCUAUCGGUAUCGCCUGUCGAAGCGACGAUGACAAAAUGGCUGAGUACUUAGCCUCAUUAAACCAUGAGGAAACAAGACUGGCUGUUGUUUGUGAGAGAGCUUUCCUCGAGACUCUUGAUGGAUCAUGCCGAACCCCGAUUGCGGGAUAUGCGUCGAGGGAUGAAGAUGGCAAUUGUAUAUUCAAAGGGUUGGUAGCUUCCCCGGACGGAACCCGAGUUCUUGAAACUUCUCGACGAGGUUCGUAUGCCAUCGACGAUAUGAUAGCAAUGGGGAAGGAUGCUGGGAAGGAGCUACUUUCUCGAGCAGGUCCGGGUUUUUUUGAUAGCUAGUUAGUUUAAAAUUUAGGAUAAAGAUGAAGGCUUCAUAUCCAAAUCUUCAAGUGAGUAGGAGUUAUGUUCAUCCUUUGUUUUGUUAAUUGGUUGUGUAAAUUAGAAUAGAAAUCAUUUAGACUAUCUUGGGUUCCUCAAAUAAGUCUAUGCAAACUAGCCAUUUCUAAUCCUCAAGCUCUAUACAAACAUGUGUUACUCUUUAA